UAUUCGCUAAUGCAUUGUUAUUUCGAGACAGACAAUUUAAAAACGUACAAAAAGCACAUACAUAUAUUUAUAUUUAUUUGCCUGUUUAAGUAAAUAAAUUUAGAAUUUAUAUUGCAAACGUUCACAUGGUUGUUGCACUUGGACGCUCCAUUCAAAGUCCCUUGUAUACCUUUUUCCAAAUCGUUAAUGCAGUUAGCUUGUUUUUUGUGAUAUUGGGUGGCACACGUUUCUUGAUUUGUCUCCUUACGUUAGAUGAAGAAUUAUGCCCAAGCGUUUUAGUCGGCAAGAACGGAAACAUAGACAAGCAAAUUAGUCCCACCUCUCCACUUACAAAGGGCAUGUGUCUAGAAGCAGUAAAUGCAAAGCCUGUUUGUGUUCUGUCAUCUGGAUUUUAUAAAGUGUGUGCAACCUGUUCGCAUAUUUUACCAAGUUCGCUUUUCAAAGAUUCCUUUAUCCCCCGAAGAAGCCCAAGCAGACACUCAGAGUCACUUCAAAUCGAAACUAGUUUUUUCGAGUUUAUAUUGAUGCAUAUGCUGACAAGCGUGCUCGUGGCUUACCCACUGUCCAUAUUACUAGAACGCGGAAAACUUGUCUUCGAUUUUAUGCUUACCAUUUAUGGGGUUUACUUUCUAUUCACCGAUAUCACGUUACACCAUGUGAUGGGUGGUGGGCUUUAUUGGUGGUUCGCUGUGUCAUGUGGAAUGACAGUUUUGUAUAGUUGCACGUGGUGGAUUUGCCGUCGUCGUGAAUUGCAAGUAAUACCUGUUAGCCAAAUUAAUGUGGAAAUGAUUAUGAUACCUCCAUCGGAUGGAACAUCGUCUCAAGAGUGUUUUAGAGGAGGUGAGGGUUUGAAUUAUUGCAAGGACAAGUUCAAUAACGUGACACAGACAGCAGAUCUUUUUACAGCCCAUAACGAGAAUAACUCCAUCGGAGAGACAGUUGCAUUACCUAUUUCAGAUAGUAGGUGCAAAGACGAAUAAAAAAAAAAUCUAUUUAGUAAUGGUGGUGGUGAGGUAAUCUAAAGGGAUACCUAUAGAUCCGAAGCAUAUAUUUCCUUUACUAAUUUUUUAUUGUUCCUUUUAAUUAUCCCUUCUCUGAAGAGACUCAUGCUUGAAGAAAAGUGAAUCUACACUAUUUGAACUUGAGGGAUUCAUAGUCCUGUUCCUUGUCUCUGUUGAACAUAAUAGAUUAUCCAUGUUCUAUUCACAUAGCAUUUAUUUAAUAUUUCAUCAAAAAAAAAUACAAUGCAGCCUUGAAUGAAAGGGAU